AUGAAAGGAAUCAUAUCCGCAUUUUUCUUUGUGGCCGCCGCAUUGGGCGCAAAUUUCAAUCAGCCGGUCUUGUGGGAGGACCUGGCUGAUCUCGAUAUCUUCCGAGUGGAUGAUACGUUUUACUAUUCCGCAUCAACUAUGCAUUACUCUCCCGGUGCUCCUAUUCUACAGUCGUAUGAUCUAGUCAACUGGGAAUUCGUCGGACAUUCUGUGCCUACAUUGGACUGGGGCUCUAUCUAUAACCUGGACGGGGGACAGGCCUACGUCAAAGGUAUCUGGGCUUCGACCCUCAGAUAUCGUAAGAGCAACGGCUUGUGGUACUGGAUUGGGUGCAUCCAGUUCAGUACAACAUAUAUCUACACUGCUCCUUCGGUGACAGGGCCCUGGACAAAGAGUGGUGUUAUCAAUACCUGUUACUACGAUUGCAGCUUGCUCAUCGAUGAUGACGAUACAAUGUAUGUGGCGUACGGAGGGACCACCAUCUCCGUCGCCCAGCUCUCUUCCAACGGGCUCAGUCAGGUGAAAGCACAGCAGGUCUUCCAGUCCACAAUCGGAGCCAUUGAGGGAUCGCGGUUCUAUAAGAUCAACGGCGAAUACUACAUCUUCAACACUCUUCCUGCCAAUGCCGAGUAUGUUCUCAAGGCAAGCAGCCCAUGGGGGCCGUACACUCAAAAACUACUCUUAAAGGACAUUGCAACGCCUAUCACCGGCGGUGGUGUGCCCCAUCAGGGUGGCAUUGUCGACACCCCGGCAGGGAACUGGUACUACAUGGCCUUUGUCGACAGCUAUCCAGGAGGCAGAGUCCCCGUUCUCGCCCCGAUUACCUGGGGCACUGACGGGUUCCCAGUGCUGACUACAGUAAACGGGGGCUGGGGAACCCAGUAUCCAUAUCCUUUGACACCUCGUACCCUGGCCUCCCCUACCGGAAAAGACACAUUCCAGGGCAGCACAUUGGGCCCUCAAUGGGAAUGGAACCACAACCCAGACCCUAACUACUACAGCGUCAACAACGGACUGACACUGAAAGCUGCCACUGUGACCAACAACCUCUACGCAGCCCGAAACACCCUGACGCACCGGAUCCUGGGCCCGGACUCCACAGCAACAAUCGAGCUGGCCAUCAGCAACACGAAACCCGGAGACCGGAGCGGACUCGCCAUGCUCCGCGACUCGUCCGCGUAUGUCGCCGUCAUCAACAACAGCGGCGUCUUCCGCGUGAGCAUGGUCGCGGGUCUCACAAUGGACGGCAAUUGGAACACCCUCUCAACAGGCUCCGAGGUCGCGGGCGUCAACCUUUCCGGAAGCCCGUCCAAGAUCUGGCUGCGCGCAUACGCCAACAUCCAGCCCGGCAGCGGCAGGACGGCUACAUUCUACUAUAGCACCGAUGGCUCCAGCUUCCACUCCAUUGGAACACCAUAUACGCUGAAUAAUACCUGGCAGUUCUUCAUGGGCUACCGGUACGGUAUCUUCAACUAUGCUACUGCAUCUCUUGGUGGAAGCGUGCUGGUUAGCUCUUUCGAGAUGGAAAGUGGCGCUCCGUCUUCAGGCACGACCACGGCCACGACCACUACGACCUCACAACAGAGCACCAUCACCACUACUCCGACUGCUGGGGCUACUCAAACCAAAUGGGGCCAGUGUGGUGGCAGCGGCUGGACGGGCCCUACCGCUUGUGCGAGUGGCUCCACAUGCUCAUCGGCGAAUCCGUGGUAUUCCCAAUGUUUGUGA